AUGUUGAGCUGGGUGGCCAAAAUUGGUCCCCAGCUGCCUGAACCGCCGCCCAAAAAAAUUGAGGUUCAAAAGGAGGAGAAAUCAGCCACCACCACCGCCACCACCACCAAUACCACCACCACCGCCACCACCACCACUACCACCACCACCACUCCUGGACCUAAGAAAGUGACUUUUAAAGAUGAGUGCACAACAGAAGCUCCAAAACCUGAAAAAUCUAAGCAGGAAGUACAGCCAGAGGAGAACAGUCCAGCAGCUGGCUCUCAGAUGAGUAUGUUAGGGUGGAUCAGCAGUGCUUUUCCUCAGCCGGCAGUCUCGCCAAAGUUGAGUCAAACAUCCUCCACCCCCUCUAAGGAAGAAAAUACAACAGCCAGAAAGGGGAUGAUAGCUUGGAUUGCUCAGGGUUUGGAGAAAGUUGUACCUCAGCCUGACCUGAAGAGCAAAGAGCCACCACCAGCAGAGCAGCCCACUGAGAUGUGUCGAAAAGCAUCUCUACCAGCUGCAGAGCCUCAGGUGACGGUGAAGGAAGCAGAGCAAGAGGAUAAAACUGAAAACAAAGCUUACCCUCCCAGGAUGAUAGACUGGAUAAAACAGGGGAUCGAGAAGGUCGUCCCUCAGCCAGAGUUUCAUGGUUGCUCAAACACGGAUGCUAAAGAGAAGACUGAGACUCCUCCCACGGCAAAAGCGAAGGGAACAGAGGCUCCACCAGCCUUAAAACCAGCUGAUGCUGAGAAGUCCUCAAAGGAAGCAGAGCUGCAGCCAAAAAUGAUGGACUGGAUCGUUAAUGGGAUUGGCCGAAUGUUGCCUCAGCCUGUGCAGAAACAGGACACAGUCCAAGACGAGGUGCAGAAAAUCAGCAUCAUACAGGAGAAGACAGACCUGGUCUUAGAAGAUAUGGAGCAGGAAAUGGAUGCCCAGCAGCAAGAAGACAAACAAAUAAAAGAGACAGAAAGGUUGCAAGAGAAUCUGCAGCCGAUGCAAGAAGAGAGGGAAGAAAUGGAGACCAACAUGGAUCGAUGUGAACCAGUGAUUAAUGGGACCAUGAAAGAGGCUGAUGAGGAAUUUCUAGCUCACAUUGAGGAGAGGCUAGAGCAGGAGCGGCUGGAGGCGGCCCGUGUUGCAGAAGACAUGGCCCGUAAGGCGGCUGAGGAGGCGGUUCGACAGCUGGAGGAAGAGCGUUACGCAAAAUUCAGCAUUGAAACACCGCCGGAGUCCAUCGAGCAAUUGCCCAACAUUGUGGAGGAGAACGAGGACGACCCAGAGGGCCAUUUGGAGGUCAGUGCAGCUAAACAUGCUGCCUCUCCUUCAUCAACAGAGGCAGAGCCUGCGUCAGAGAGGAGAGACCAGGAGAGUCCAGUCUCCCAACCAAUCACAGAACAACCUGAGCAAAAGUCAGAAGAGCAGACCACCACCAGAGACCAGGAUAAUGCAUCACCAGAAGAAGAAGAAGAAGAAGUAGAAGGUGGAUGUGGAGCUCCCCACAGCUGUUCCCCGAUACAGCGCUUUCUGCUUCGAUUCCCACAAGCUGCCGAGUGUCUGGAGAGCUGCAGGAAGCUGUUGCAUCAACAUAACAUAAAUCCCCCCAAGCUGUCCAUGCCGACCCCACCGCCGGAGCUCUCCCAGCUGACCCAGCGGCUAUCGCAGCUCCCUGAGCAGGCACGGCAGUGCUUCAUGAGCAUCGCCAGCCACUUCAGAAACCUUAACUCCAAGUCCAGUCAGCCUCAGGAGCCUUAA